AUGAUGACAAGCAAAUUUGAAGCAAACUAUUCCAGUAACUCAUCAGCUAACCAUAAAAUUGGUUUUGAGACAGUGGUAAUUGCAAACUGCAUCCUCAAUGCACCUUUGAUGUUGCUAUCCAUCAUUGGUAACGCUCUUGUGUUAGUCGCCAUAUUGAAGACGCCAUCGCUUCGUUCACCUUCCGUCAUUUUUCUCUGCAAUUUGGCUGUUUCAGAUCUUCUUGUGGGAUUGGUGGUACAACCAGUUUAUAUAGUAGAACAAAUGGUAAAAACUGUUCCAAAACUACAAGAAGCAGUAGGAGGAAUGGGAUUUGCUGGGUGCGGUGUUUCUCUUUGGACGAUGACAGCCAUAACAGUGGAUCGUUUCUUAGCUCUCCACUAUCACCUGCGGUACCCAAAUUUAAUGACAACAAGCCGGGCAAUCUAUACAAUAGUAACUAUUUGGUGUAUCAUCACGUUAUUCUCUUUUUCAGUUCUUUGGUCGCCGCGUAUUCAUUAUUUUCUUGGAGCUUUUUGUAUCACAAUUUGCCUUUUAGUUUGCUUGGUUUGUUUUAUCAAGAUUUACCGAAUUGUUCGCCGGCAUCAGGUGCAAAUUCACGUUCAACAACAAGCAGUGGAAAAUUCAACUGAUACAAAUAAACAGCAAAUACGACAAUCAACAAAGAGUGCGAAAAAUAUCUUCAUAUAUUUCCUCGUCAUGAUUUUAUGCUACACUCCAUUGUUUUUUUUCCUUCUGUUUCUCAGUUUGGCCAUAAAUAAUCUAAACUCGAUAAUUCUCUGGACCUUUCCGGUUACUGUAGUGUUCGUGAACUCGUCUAUCAAUCCAUUUCUAUAUUGCUGGCUUAUUCCCGAGCUCCGAACGGCAGUUUUUCAAACAGCGAGGCUUUUAUCUUGUAGAAAUGGAUUAAACGUAAACUCAGUCCGUCAAGUGCUCUUCAUCAUAUUUCUGUUCUUUUAA